CUACUAUACGGCCAUAAAAUACUUAACCAGUUCCCUAAUGACGGACAUUUGAUUUGGUUGCAAAUUUUCGCACUUAAAAUUAACACUGUGUUAAACAUCUUUUUCUUAACUUAAAAUGUUCUGAAAACACUGCCUUUUGUGACUCUACUGGGUUUAUUUCAUUCAGUGAAGCAGCUGGGCGUGCAUUUGCAACUGGUAGGCAAUGGCACAUUCUCUGAUUCAUACAUUAGUGUAACUUUCCUAAUCUCUACAAUAAUUAUUAUUCAGAUGGAGGAUUAGCAGACUCCACAGUGUAUUUUUUCCCCCACCAUGUAUUUUAAAGGCAGUUCCCAGGAACCUGCUUUGGAAGACUCCUCGAAAUAAAAUUUACAUAUUGAGAUUUUCAGAAAAACAUUUUUUUCACAAAAAUUAGAAAAAUAAAGGCAGCUCUUAAUGCCUGUUCCUAAACUGCAACCCGUGCCUGGAAUUUCCACCUCUCCCUCCUGAAAGCCACUUCUCACACGAGCGAAGCCUUUCCCUACUAACUGCAAAAAGUUUUCCUACUUUUAUUCCACAACUGCAAUUUACACAAUUUCCCUUUCAAGAAUCACUCCAUCCCCCAUCCCCGCACAAAAUAUAAAGUCCAUAUUUAUUGGUUUUUGUUUGUUUUGUUUUCUAUUUCAUUAAUAUCUCCAAUUAAUUUUAUUAUUCUACUUUUUUGGGGCAAACUCAGUUCUUUUCUAGCUUCUUGGAGCUGUAUAUUUAACUUAGCUAUUUUCAAUUUUUUAAGAAAUGAAUGCAUUCAAGGUUUUGCAUCAAUCUCGGAUUAACUCUUUAGCUGCAUUCCACAGUUCUGUAGUAUUUUUGUCCUUCGGUUCUAAGCACUUCAAAUUUUGCAUUGUGAUUUCUUAACCCAUGAGUUCCUCAGAAAAAUAUAUCUUUAGAUUCCAAGUGCAUCCUUUAUCUUUUUAUUUUUGAUUUCUAACUUAGUUGCACUGUACUACUCACAAGGAAUGUGAGCUGCUAGCUAAUGAUUUUCUGAGAAAUCUGAGACACCUCUCAUGAUCUAGUACAUGGUUAAAUUUGCAAAUAAUUCUAAUGUGCUUUCAGCACAAAUUCUGUUAGCUUUUAAGUCAUGUUGGGUCAAUCUUUUUUUUACCUGUCAUAUUCUAAUAAAAAUAUGUUAAAAUCUCCCAUUAUGGCUGUGGAUUUGACCAUUUCUCCUUUAGAUUCUGUCAAAUUUUGCUGUUACACAUACAGUUCAUGAUUCUUUUCAUGCCCUUGGUGAACUGUUCUUUUUAACUUGUGUAGCGACCUUCUUUACCCCUAUUAAUAUUGAUUGUGCCUUGGAUUCUAUUUUUUUCUGAUGUUAAUAUUGCUACUCUGGCUUUCCACUGGUUGGGGUUUGCCUGGUAUGCGUUUUCCCAUGCCUGUUUUCAAACUUUCCAAAUCGCUUUGAGUUCCCUCUUUUCUAAGCAGCAUACAGCUGGAUUUUUAAAAAUCCAAACUGACAGUCUCUGUCUUCUAAUCGGUGAGUUCAAGCCAUUUAAAUUUGUUGUGACGCAUUUCCUACCCUCUUAUUUUGUGUUUUCUACCUAUCAUCCUCAUCCUUUGCUUCUUCCCAGUCUCCUUUCUUGUAUUCCCUUGAUUAAUAAAAAGUUCUACUUCCUUUGUUGCUUCCUUUUGCUUUAGGUUGUAUUCCCAUAUUUUCAUGAUUAACCUAUCAACACUGUAGAUAAUGCACACCUAUGACAUUAGUGCAAUCCUCUCAGAACCCUCCUUGUCCGUCAGCAUCACUGUUUUAAGAUGGUUAGAACUAAGUUAGCAGAGCUCCAGUUCAUUUAAUACCGCAGUCGGAGAAGUAGAUUUGUGGUCACUGCUUUGAUAAGGCUAGGGAUAGAGUUCUUUCCUUUAACAUACAGUACCAUCAUCACUAGAUAUAUUCAACUUUUCCCUCAGCUUUGGUGACUUUCAGAUUUGUGCAUAGAGAUAGACCUAUCAGAAAAUUAUCUUUCUUCUAAAAAUAACUUCACAGAAUUUGUUGCUCUUCUCUUCCUUAGUUUUAUCCAAGUUCAGCCUCAUAAAUGGAGUUUUAUUGUAGGAGUUUUCCAAUUUUCAACUGAGGACUUGAAAUUUCAUCUUAGACGUUAUUUAUAACAAGAAACGAGUUGGAAAUAAUCCAGAUAUUCAUAAAGGGAGUAGAGACCUUGAACACUGCUGAUGGAUAUAAAAAUGGACAACUUUACUACACCCUCUGCAGCUCCUCUGGAGAGCGACUGUGACCUCUACGCCCACUACCGCACAGCCAGGAUCCUCAUGCCUCUGCAUUACAGCAUCGUCUUCAUAAUUGGGCUCGUGGGAAACCUGUUGGCCUUGACAGUCAUUAUUCAAAACAGGAAAAAAAUCAACUCUACCACUCUAUAUUCAACCAAUUUGGUGAUUUCAGACAUACUGUUCACCACCGCUCUGCCUACACGGAUAGCCUACUACGCACUGGGUUUUGACUGGAGAAUCGGCGAGGCCUUGUGUAGGAUAACUGCUCUCGUGUUUUACAUCAACACGUACGCAGGCGUGAACUUCAUGACCUGCCUGAGCAUUGACCGGUUCUUUGCCGUGGUGCACCCGCUGCGGUACAACAAGAUGAAAAGAAUUGAACAUGCAAAAUGCAUUUGCAUAUUUGUCUGGAUUCUCGUAUUUGCUCAAACACUCCCACUGCUCAUAAAACCUAUGUCAAAGAAGGAGGCUGAAAGGACUACAUGCAUGGAAUAUCCAAACUUUGAAGAAACCAAAUCUCUUCCCUGGAUUCUGCUUGGUGCAUGUUUCAUAGGAUAUGUACUUCCGCUGGUAAUCAUUCUUAUCUGCUAUUCUCAAAUCUGUUGCAAGCUCUUUAAAACUGCCAAACAGAACCCAUUAAGUGAGAAAUCUGGUGUAAACAAAAAGGCUCUCAACACAAUUAUUUUUAUAAUUGUUGUGUUUGUUGUCUGUUUCACACCUUAUCAUAUUGCAAUUAUUCAACACAUGAUUAAGAAGCUUGGUUUUCCUGAUCUCCUGGAAUGUAGCCAAAGAUAUUCAUUCCAGAUAUCUCUGCACUUCACAGUAUGCCUGAUGAACUUCAAUUGCUGCAUGGACCCUUUUAUAUAUUUCUUUGCAUGUAAAGGGUACAAGAGAAAGGUCAUGAAGAUGCUGAAACGUCAAGUCAGUGUAUCAAUUUCCAGUGCCGUGAAGUCAGCCCCUGAAGAAAACUCACGUGAAAUGACGGAAACUCAAAUGAUGAUACAUUCCAAGUCUUUAAAUGGAAAGUAAAAAGGAAUUAAAUCUUGCAUUUAUAGCAAAGUAAACUGUAUGACAAACUUUGCAGGACUUUUCUUAUAAAUCAAAAUGAUUGUUUAACUUCUAAUUAGGAUUCUUUUAAAUUCCUUUCAUUGGGCACUAUAUUUCUCACCUCCAACUUGGAAGUAAAUUGAUAUAUAUGCAUUUUUUUACACUCGAGAACAACAUUAAGCAAAGUUCUAAUUUGUAAAUGAAAUACUACACCAAAAGGGAGCAUAUUUUAAUAACUCACAGUGUAGAAAGAAAAGUUUUGUGUUAAUGAAAAAUUUAAUCAUUAAUAUUUCCUGCCAAUAAUUUGGCAAAAGAAAAAAAGACUGUUAAAAUUGUAUAUUGCCAGUGUAGAAAUGUUAAUAUUGUAACAUAUUUCUUUUCUUUUUUUUGAUAACAUAUUUCUUCAGUUCAUGUUUCUUUCAAUCUUAGACUUUAUCUCCUCGAUAAUAAGUUUUUUUGUUUUGUUUUGUUCUGAGUCAUAAAUUUUUGUUUCAAAAAACUCUUUUGGAAUAAAGAGCUGGAUGCUACAAAA